AUGAUCUCGAGAAGAAAUCGCGUCUUGUUCAAUAAAGUUACUCGGGAAUAUCAAGAUACGGUCGAAAAAGCCGAGCAAUCGUUUGUGAAGAAGUGGCGAGAAAAAGACGAUCCGAGACCCUAUCCAAAGAAAAUUCGAAUUUGCAACUUCGAGAUCUACACUUGGUACACAUCGCUUUAUCCACUCGAGUGCGCGGCAGCGACCACCCUCCGCAUAUGCGACUUUUGCCUGCGCUACUUUGUCGAGGAAUCUCUCUACCAGGCACACGUCUCUACAUGUCAAUUGAGGCAUCCACCAGGAGACGAGAUCUAUCGAAAAGAUGGCAUUUCGGUCUAUGAAGUGGACGGCUACCAUGAGAAAGAUUAUUGUCGUCGAGCGUGCUUGCUGGGGAAAUGUUUUAUCGAUUGCAAAUCUUCCGUCAACGGCGGCCCAUUGUUUCUUUUUUACGUACUCACAAGAAACGACGAGUAUGGACAACACUUUGUUGGCUACUUUUCAAAGUCGAAAGAAUUUCAUGGGAACGCGCUCUCUUGCAUCGCCAUUUUGCCAUGCUUUCAGGGGUGUAGGUAUGGGCAUUUCCUUAUAGAAUUAAGCUAUUGUCUCAUGCAACGACAGGGUUUAAAUGGAACUCCUGAACGACCUCUCACUGAAUCCGGUCGUAUCACGUAUGGUCUGUAUUGGCGUUCGAAAAUCUUGGAAUGGUUUGGGCAAAGAGAGGGCCAAUUGCCGAAAGAAAUGAAUCUUUAUUCAAUUGCAAAUGACACAGGGAUUACGGUGGAGGAUUUGGCGAACACGAUGGAUUUGAUGGAUUGGUUUGGAUCGAGUAAAGACAAUCCUGAAGAAGUGGGCAGCAUCGAUGUGAAAUGGGCCGAGGUCAAACAUUACAUGAAGAACAAACAACCCGGCAUAACCUUUGACAAAGAUUCAUUCAAGUGGACACCUGGCGUUUAUGAUGCUAAGACUGGGAAACGAGAAAGAACGGGCAAAAUGGCUGAUGAUGAGACCGGGAAAUGUGAACGAGUGGAUAGAAAAGCUAAGCAGAGCAUUGUACAGACUCCGGCGCAAGAAAUACGUCGUGAUCAAGGGCCUUACGGGGUUACAACUUCAGAUGAGGCAGGAUUUGCGGUCGUUCAUGACAAUGCCAAGGGUUUGGUUUUGCUUGAAGAGUCAAACGUGCACUAUGAUCGACCAUCUACAUCUCAUGCUUGCUUCAAUAGGCCGACGUUCAAUAGUGCUCGGCAAGGCCCAUUAAUUAGAUCCUUUAAACGACAAUUCACAGAUGUUGUAAAGUGGAUGCACGCGACUGAAGGAAAACAAGAAGCGAGCCUGAAGCCUCGAAUGUCUUCAAUAGGGACCCAAACAGAUUUAAUGGCGAGUGAUGACAAUGGAGACGAUGUUUUGAGGAGAGCCUCUGGACGACGACAGCUUGACAUGUCAUUCACAGAAGAUGACGUUCAGGACAAGAACACAAAUGAGAUCAAGCAAGAAGCAAUCUCUUCCUCUUUU